CUUGCCACUUCUUCGGGAAAUUCUUCGACACCAGAAUCGGUGAACUCUCGUCUCCUGUACGUCAGCUUUCAUGCCAUGACCCACAUGAUUCUACAGCUUCGGUACAGCCAUUAGUUCACAGCAGGUGCGAUCUGGAAGCGGAGUGUUGGACAUUGUCGUCUAUCCUCGACUAUUCGAGAAGUCACCUUGAUGAUCGAAGAUGCUAUCAGGCAGUGUGAGAAGAAACGGAGAGAAUUGAGCCAUACGGAAGGUUGUCCAGAUUGGCGUUUGAAUUUUUUUAUGAUUGUGGCGAUGGUGCAACAGCGGUGAUUGAAGUCGAAGCUUUGGUAUCGUAAACAGGGGCCUUAGUAUGGCAGGUAGAGGCAGGGGACGACCUAGAAAAGUAACGACGAGCAAGGUGGUAGGGGCGCUUGAUUCUGCGCCUUCCGCAACAGGGAUUCCAGCAUGUGCCAUCACGCCAUCAUGUCCGGAGAACACUGAAUUCGCUGAGAAGCGAUGCCUUGAGCCCAAUGUUGCGAAUUCUACAGAGGAUAUCAAUAUCGCAGAGAGCAGAUCAUCUUCACCGGAACUGCCAGUGAUUGCCAAUGUCACCUCAGCCUCUUUUCCUCAUCCUGCUCGGAAAGGAACACAAAUCGCAAAUCGCAAGCCCUUGCAGGUCCUGCAUCAGAAUGGAGCUACAUCUGCAGUUUCUUCACAUCCAGCAGUGAAAGCUAGUGACACUUCUGGGGAUCAAGAAAGAGAAAUUGCGGUACGGCAAAUUUGUGAUGCUAUUGACGAGGAAGUGGCGAACAGGUCUAACUUAAUCAGAGCUAUCGCAUCAACGCAGUUGGCCUCUAUAACAUCGCAGUUGAAGCUUCAGCUGUCUAGGCUGCCUGUUCAUGUACAGAAUAUGCCUCUCCUCGAGUUCUUGAAGUCCUGUCCGAAUAUUGAGUCCAAAGAAACGGACGAUGGUUGGAUUCAGCUGAAAAAAGCUUCGCCAUGUGCGGUCUUAUUGAGAGAUAGCAAGAAAAAUCUCAGCGAAAUUCUCAACAAAGCAAGGGACAAUGCUCCCGAGGAGCCCGGCUCUCAAUUCAAAACUCCAGGAUUCGGUCCGACGAGAACAACUGACCACCAGUUUCAGAUAUUCACAAGUGAAGAUCUGAGCUGGCCGGAGUACCAUGCUAAGCUGCAAGCCCUGGGACACUUGGGUGGUUUUGGCGUCUCAAGUGAAACCAAUCACCAGCCAGAUUCUGCACUUAGCUUGAAGACUGGCUUGCUGAGAGGUAUGACUCCGAAGACAGUGAGGAUCCCAAAAGAAGGAGAAGUGCUGUUAUCUGUCAACGGCUCACCUCUAGGACAAUUUGGCCUCACUCCAGGUCCUCACGGGGAUAAGUUUGCGAGUGGUAUGAAGCCUCGUGGAGCAAGAAUAACACGUUCGAGCAAGAAGAGAUUGAGAGAUUUAUAAGGUGUACACUAGUCGUUAAAAAAUUCUUGACACUUGGUUCUUGUUCAGAUUGAACGAUAAAUGAAAAGCAAAUAUGGUAAAAAACACUUGCUUCAUCAAAAGUGUUGUCAACAGUGGGAUUCGAACCCACGCCCUUUCGGACCAGUACCUGAAACUGGCGCCUUAGACCAACUCGGCCAUAUUGACUUGUUGGUUGACAUUGAAUCAGGGCAGGACUGUAGAUAUGUUGUAUUGUUCUCCUGCCUCGCCUCGGUAUACUUUAGUACCUGUUCUUCAGAACCAUUCUGUCUUUCAUAUACACCUGCAAUGCAGUGCACGCAUACCAUCUAGCAGGUGGUAAAUCAAGCAUGGAUGUGACACCCAAUAGGGUCUGUGAUCCAUGGCACAUAUUGUAAGUUCUCUUACACAUCAUUGCCCUGCUCUUACCGUUUUCAUUGGCC